AUGGCAAUGGGUCCCGUGACCGAGCGCGACGCGCAAAACUCGGACCUCCUUCGCGAAUCCUUUGUCCUCUUAUGCUCGAGCGCGCCGCAGUGCCGCAGGCUUUAUAGCCCUGCUUCCUCGCUCUCUGACCGCAGCCUCCCCCUCCCUCCCCUCCCUCCCCCCUCACGGUCGCGAAAAUGCCAGCAACCGUUACGGGAUACUACAGAUUCACGGAUAUCUUCUUCGAGUGGCAUGCAUCAGGCGUUGCCCAACAAGACCGACGUUGGCCCCCUCAAGGCGCUCCUCGCGUACGAGGCACUGGUGCACCCCGAUCAUCCCCUUCACAAGCAAGGCAUCGAUGGCGUCGAGCUCUUCUUGGGCACCUUUGCAAACGGCGAGAUGCGGCUGCUGUUCUCCAGUGCCCAGGUCGAAUACCUGCGGUACUGGCUCCACGCCAUGCAGCUCACGCGCGCACCCAUACCCAUCCCGUCCUCCGACAGCCUCCUGCAGGCGAAGGACCUGACGAACUGCUCCCCUGUCGUCUACAAGGACGCCGCGACGCUGAAGAAAGCCGUAAAGACGAUCGACAAGAACAAUAAGCGCUUGAAGGGCACGGGCACGCUGCUGACGACCCGCCGCAUUUCCUUUGAGAAGAUCCGCACGUUCUGGGCCGCGCAUGUAGGGACGUGGCUCGCGAUCGACUUUGAGGCCUGGGACCGCGACCACACGGUCCUCACCGAGUUUGGGUGGAGCCUGGCGCGCUGGGAGGACGAGGGGCGGAAGAAGAUAGACGAGGACGGACACAUGGUCGUGAAGGAGCACAUUGGCUACAUGAACACCUAUGUGGAGCAGAACCGCGACCAUUACAGUUUUGGCAAGAGCGAGAUUGUCGACAAGAUGACGUUCCGGCAGCGCAUUCGCGACAUGAUCGCGGACCAUCGCGCCGCUGGCCCGCUCUUCCUCGUCUUCCACGACAAUAGCCAGGAUAUCAAGUAUCUGCGCUCUGAAUAUCUGCAGGCACUCUCCGACUUUGAGUACCUCCUGCCCGACCAGCCGCCCACGACGGGCGUGUACGUCGUCGACACCGGGAACAUGUUCUCCGCUCUGGAGGGCGAGUCCGGCGGCAACAUGCGCUCGCUGGAGCGGGUGUGCCGGCACCUGCAGGUCCCCGUCUCGUACCUGCACAACGCGGGGAACGACGCCCAUUACACCAUGGCGGCGAUGGUGGCGAUGGCGUCGGGCGACCCGGUCGACGAGCAGCGGGAGAAGCGCUGGCCGAACCGCACGACGCAUGCGAACCCGAAGGUCGAGUUCAAGCCGUGGGAGGAGGACUCUGACCUCUCCGACCUGGAGGGCGUCAUGCCUGUCGACACCGCGAUGGGCACCGAGGGCGACGGCCCUGGCGAUGGGACAACGUGGAACGGUUUUGAUCUGUGA